UCUAUGCUUAUUUGUUCUAUGUGCUGUGGUUUUAGUCGGUCCUUACUUAGUGAAUUAUUUUAAUAUUUGUAAGGUUGAAAGUGAAUAAACCAUUUAGAUUUAUAUUUAAUUUAUUAGUUACGUCUAAAGUUAUAUAUUUUGUCUCGGCGUUGUUUAUUUUUCGUGUUAUAUUUAUGCCAUGUCUUCCUACGUAGAUAUGAGUUUGGAAGAUAUUAUUCAAAAGAAAAAAAGAGAUAGACCUACAAAAUUACAAAAAUCACCAAUGAAGAUGAAUAGAGGGAAACAACGUACACAGAAUUUUAAAUUGCCACUUAACGAUGCUAGAAAUAAAAUUAUAUCUAAGAAAAGGACCCAAAUAUCAGAUGCACGAGAAAAGUUAGCUGAACUAGCAAAACAAAAAGAUGCUCGAUUGAAACUAGAUCUGCUUCGAAAAAAAAGAGCUCAACUUCAAGGAAGAAACAAUUUUCAAUCUCAUGGCAAAUUUAUUAGGACUAUCUCCAAUAAAGAAAGAGUUUUCAUGGAUUCCUCUAGACAGGUGGUAUCACAACCUCUUAGCCACUCCAGGAUUUCAUCCCGACGUCAAAUUAAUAACAAAAAGUUUAUGGAGAAUCAUUCAUUUGAGUCCAAAUUCAGAAGUGAAAUACCAAGACCAAAACCAAUAGUUAGAACUGUUGAGAAUGACAUAGAAUUGAUUGAUGACCCCAUGGGCGAAGAGCCAAUGCCUUCAAAAAUUACCGACUCCAACAGAAAAGCGAGUAUGCAACUGAGAAUAAUUGCUCACAAUAUUGAUUCCAGGGAUAACAAAAGUUCAAUAAUGCAUCGAACUAUGUUAGCAGAAAAAGAAAGAAGUCCACCCAGACCUCCAUCAAUCCUUAAAAAAAGACCUAUGGCAGCUCUGAGAAAUGAUAAGAAAACGGAAAAAAAUGAAAAACCCAUUCUUGAAUACAGAAUAAUUGUGAGCAACCUGCGAAAUACUGUUACUGGAGGGGAUAUAGAAGAAUUAUUUGGAGAUGUUGGUGGGAUGCUAGAAUCACGCUUGGUACGUCCUGGUACGGCAGAGGUUAUUUAUAAAACAUUGGAAGACGCACAGAGAGCUGUAGACCUAUAUCACAAUCGACAACUGGAUGGUCAGCCAAUGAAUUGUCUCCUAGUGACACCUCGCUCACCCACAAUGCCAUCAAGGAGCAAUACAAAGCCAGCACUAUAUAGUACUAAUUCUAAUGUAGAACCGGAUAUAUCUACCUUCCACAAGGUGCUAUUCAGCAAUUUGUAAAAACAUCAAAUCACAUCAUAAUAUCAUGUACCUCUCUUAAAAUUAAAAUACCUAAAUACUAUUAUAAUAAUAAUUGUAUGAACUGAUAACAGUUAUUAUAUUAUUUUAUGUUCUGAAUAAGUUAUUAUUAAGUUAAAAUUGUGGUAAAUAAUUUAAAUAUGUGGUCUAGAUUUUAGUGUCCGACCGAAACAGAUGUUUGUUACUGUAUCACACUUAAACGGCUGAAUGAAUUUCGUACACUGGUAGGUGAUAUCCUAACUUAACACAUAGAAUAUACUGUUUAAUUCAUGUAGAUAAAGCCGCGUAAAACAACUAGAUUUAUUUAAUUGAAAAUGUGUAUUCAUUAAAGCACAAUUAUAAAUUCACUAUUUCCUGCAGCUUUCCCCAUGUGUAUUAGUAUAUAAAGUAGGAUUUGUUAAGAUAAAACCUAUCCAUGUACCGAAUUUUAUUCAAAUCCAUGCAACCAUUUAAGCAUUGUUGAGUAAUGAACAUACAAUCAUCCAAAUAUCCUUACAAAUUUGCACAUUUGUAAUAUUAAACUAGUAUUACUUUAUUCAAAAUUCAAAUAAGAAAUAUUUAUAAAGGGUAAGCAUUUAUUUUAAUAAAAAAAUUACCAACUAAAAAUACCAAGAUUGGUAUUUUAUUUUGAAUUCAUAUCAUAGAAUAAAAGAGUUAUUAUAAUAUAUACGGGAAAAAUCGCUGUAUAAAAUGUCCCGGUAUAAAAUGGGCUACCCCUUCCUUUCUCGUAGGUGUCGUAAGAGGCGACUAAGGGAACUUAUGAUGGAGAAAUAGGCAGUAGCGUCUCUCUUAAAACAGCUGUAAAAACCUAACUACGGUUGCCAACCCGCCUGCCAAGCGUGGCGACAACUAGCAAAAUUCCCUUUAUGGGUAAGGCUUAUGUUCAGCAGUGGACAAUUAACGGCUGAAAGUAAUAAUAAAUUUUCUGUAAAAAAUCCUGUAAAACAGGUAAAAACAUAAACCUCUUAAAACAUCACCAAAAGCCAAAUUGCGGUCGCCAACCCUUGUGGGGGGUAUUCAGCAGUCGACAGUUAACUACUGAUACAACAUACAGAAAAAAAGCAAGUUUGUAAAUUAAUUUUAUUAAAUAAAAUUCGAAGGUAGACUGUAAUAAGAUUGUCAGACACCGCAACGCUAAUAGAUGAGCUAUCAAAUGUGUACCGUCAUGUAAGGUAGGGGAAAUUACAAAUAUCCUUAAAUAAGUUGUCGAACCUAGUUUCGGUUUCGGACGUAAUUUUAGUAAAUUUUUAAACUAACAUAACCAAAAGACAUAGUGGAAUCGAAAAUGGAAGUUUGGUCGGAUCGGGCACUACUAUAAUUUCUUUGACUAUCUUUCAUAAAGUCGGCGUUCAGACUUUUGUACAAUUAAAAGUUCGAUUCAUCUUUAGCUCUAAACUAUAAAGACACCUUAUAAUUUGUCAUUUGGAUAAAAUAAACUAUUUAUCCAAAUAUUUGUAUACUAUUUGCGAAGUUUAAAUUUCUAUUCUCUAAAAAUAAUAUGUGUUUAGUUGCAAUGUUACUUUAUUAAAUAAUUAAUUUAUGUAAUACUGUGUUCGUUUUUAUUUAUAAAUGAGAAGACAUCAUUAAUCUUCAUUAACAUCUAAAUAUAAUCUAAGCGUCUAGUGUACUGUCUAUGUAGAUGUUUCAUAAUAUAAAUCAGAGAUUUCUGUUGAAUUUCAAUGUUGUAUUGUUGAAUGUAAAUGAAAUAAAUUUAUGAACGCCGAAA